CGAGCUUUGCCCGGCCCCCGUCCGUCCGCGGCGGAGGCAGGCGCGCGUUCUGCCGGCGGAGAGGGCGAGGCGGCGGCGGCGGCUCCUCCGCGCGAAGAUGGCCGCUCCGCCUCUCUCCGCCAAGGCCGGCUCCUCCGCUGGGCCCGGCCCGGCCCGGCCUCCCGCCGCCGUCUCCUUCCCGGAGCUGGACUUCCGAUCCGGGGCCAGGAUCGAGGAGCUGAACAAACUCAUUCUGGAAUUCACCAAGCACGACCAGCGCGAGUACGACGACCAGCGCGCCCUGGAGAUCCACACCGCCAAGGACUUCAUCUUCUCCAUGCUGGGCAUGGUACAAAAACUUGACCAAAAACUCCCUGUAGCCAAUGAGUACUUGCUGCUUUCUGGGGGAGUCCGGGAAGGUGUGGUGGAUCUGGACCUGGAUGAACUAAACAUCUAUGCUCGUGGCACUGACUACGACAUGGACUUCACCCUCCUUGUGCCAGCACUGAAGCUCCACGACCGAAACCAGCCUGUCACCUUGGACAUGCGCCACUCAGCCUUGUGCCACUCCUGGCUGAGCUUGCGGCUCUUUGACGAAGGGACUAUCAGCAAGUGGAAGGACUGCUGCACCAUCGUGGACCAUAUCAAUGGGGCUACCAACUAUUUCUUUUCUCCCACGAAAGUGGCGGACUGGUUCUAUGAUUCCAUCAGCAUUGUCCUGUCUGAGAUCCAGAAAAAGCCCCAGAGGGGGAUGCCCAAAGUGGAGAAGGUGGAGAAGAAUGGGACCAUCAUCUCCAUCAUCCUAGGGGUUGGCAACAGCCGGAUGCUCUAUGAUAUUGUUCCUGUCGUGUCUUUCAAGGGCUGGCCGGCCGUGGCCCAAAGCUGGCUGAUGGAAAACCACUUCUGGGAUGGAAAGAUCACGGAGGAAGAAGUCAUUAGUGGAUUUUACUUGGUCCCUGCCUGUUCCUACAAAGGCAGGAAGGACAACGAAUGGAGACUCUCCUUUGCCCGGAGUGAAGUUCAGCUGAAGAAGUGCAUCUCUGGCAGCCUCAUGCAGGCCUACCAGGCAUGCAAAGCGAUCAUCAUCAAGCUGUUGUCACGCCCCAAGGCCAUCAGCCCGUAUCACUUGCGCAGCAUGAUGCUUUGGGCUUGCGACCGACUGCCGGCCAACUACCUGGCUCAGGAGGACUUCGCGGCCCACUUCCUCCUAGGACUUAUUGACGAUCUGCAGCAUUGCUUGGUGAACAAGAUGUGCCCCAAUUACUUCAUCCCCCAGUGCAACAUGCUGGAGCACCUCUCCGAGGAGACGGUCAUGCUGCACGCGCGGAAGCUCUCCUCCGUGCGGUCGGAUCCCACCGAGCACCUCCGGACUGCCAUUGAGCACGUCAAGGCGGCCAACCGGCUGACGCUCGAGCUCCAGAGGAGAGGCAGCACCACCAGCAUCCCGUCUCCUCAGUCGGACGGGGGGGACCCCAGCCAGCCCGACGACCGCUUAGCCAAAAAGCUGCAACAGCUUGUGACGGAGAACCCUGGGAAAUCCAUCUCUGUCUUCAUUAACCCAGAUGACGUCACGCGGCCUCACUUCAGAAUUGAUGACAAAUUCUUCUGAGAGUUGUUCUCUCUCUCUCCCCCGUCAGCCCAACGUCAGACUUGAGCAUUGGCCCCCUCUAAGCCCCCCUCCCCUUUUUGGCAUUUAACAAACAAACAAACAAACAUAUUCAGCCUAGAUUGGAUUUGUUGAGAACAAAACACAAACUCCUUCCUGGUUCUUCAGGAUGGUGCAGUUUGUUACUGUUUACUUUGCUGCUACUCUGCCCCCCUCCCCACCCCACCCCCCACAUAUAUAUGUGUGUGUAGCUUUAAAAGACUAACCUGGACCACAUACACACUCCCUGGCCAUCGCCUCUCCCUUUGUUUUCUUUGCAUGCUUACUUUUCCUGAUUCCUCUCCUCUCAGUACACUUUUGCUUUUUGUCUUUCCUAAAGCUCCCGUUCCUCCGAGGUAGUGAGCAAAAGGGAUUCCAGGCUGCGUUUUGGACUGGCUUUCCGGUUUGUUGGCAAAGGCCCCAUGUUAUUUACGCUUUCUCUUUCCCAUCCGGAAGGAUCGAGUCAACUUUGCAGAUAAUGAUGCUGCAACAAACGUCCCAAAAUCUUGGGGCAUUCUCCUCACCCCAGCCCCCAGUUCAGAAUCGGGCUUCACACAGCAUGAGGAAAGCUGCCUCUGCCAAUCUUGCGUGUGGGGAGCGGGGAAAGGUUCUGGAAUGUUAGUGUUUAGUGUGUGUAAUUAUUCAAAGCCUUAUUUAAAUUCUGUUAAAGAACCUACCAUUAUAAAUGUUAAUUUGCACUAAUGAAAUCUGCUGCUUUUUUUAAGGCUCUGCGUCUCUUGGGGAGUGCCUCUCGACCAGGCGCCGAGUCCUGCUGUGUUCCUUGAUGCACGCAGCAGGCUCUGGGUCGGUGGCUGGUCCUUUUGCAUGCCGUGGGAUGUAUGGCUUGGGAGGCCUCUGGAAAACCUGCUCUUUGCUUUGCUUAAUAAACCUCCGUUUGACUUUCUCCUCUUUUGAGAGGCAGCCAUUUGAAUGACUCUGUCCCUGGAGAAUCCAUGCGAGAGUCUUUGCGGCGCUGAGCUGCCAAAGAGGAAGCAUUGUUUAUUGGCCCCAGCUGACCCAUUGCCAUCCAAAACUGGGCUACUGUGAUGUGCUGAGGGCCGGUCCCAGGUUCAGUUCCUGCUCUCUCAAGGCGUAGGGCCAAGAGAGCCUGAAAUACCGAAGAAACUGCUGGCAGCCAGUGUGGACGAUACUUAGUUAGAUGGACUGAGGAUAUGACUGGGAGUUAGGCAUCUUCCUGUGUCUCUAAGUGUUUGCACCAUCAAGGGCAGUCCUGCCUAGAGUGUGCAUUGGUGUAGUCUAGUCUAGAGGCUACAGAGGAAAGGAGGACCACAGAUGUUCCAAAGGCCAGAGCACCCCCCUGCCUUUUGAUGUAUAGCAUCGAUCAGCACACCCUCCCAAGAAAGCACCAUAAAAUCCAGUAGGGCUCAGCCAAACCAAGUGGCAGAACCUUUUCCGCUCAGCAGGGGGCGGGUUUCUUUGGGCCUACCUAACCGCGUGGAGAUGCUUUUCCAGGCUCGCUCUGCCCUGUGCAUUGCUCUCUGCUUGGAAGGCCACCCUCUCGUUUCAGUCAAGAUGGAGUUCAGCACUUAAUGAUAUUGCAUAUGGGGAGUGCCCCAUAGCUGUGUUGCAGCCCCUGCUCUGGAUACAAAGGGCCUCUGCCCUGGUUGGACCCCAGGCCACAGGAAUCAGGUAACAGGUGAUAGCAGAAGCCUUUCUGUCUUGUCCUGAGGCCCUGGAGAGCUACUACCAGGCGGGGCAGACCAGUCUUUCCCAACCUGGCGCCCUCCAGAUGUUUUGGACAGCAACUCCCAUCAGCCCCCAUGCAGCAAAACAUCUGGAGGGUGCCAGUUGAGGGACAGGCUGGAGUAGAUGACACCUUUUUUCUUCCCAGUCGUGUCCUUUAGACUGUAAGCCUGCGGGCAGGGAGUCUCUUGCUCGUCGUUUAUAUUAAUAUUUUGUAAGCUACUCUGGGAGCCUUUUUGGCUAAGGAGUGGGGUAAAAAUGGCUUUAAAUAAAUAAAUGUAUAAAUUAAAA